AGUAGGCGUAAAACUGUGGCAGUCGCGAGUUUUUAGUUUAGUAGUAAAGUGACUGGUUCUGUUGUUCGGUUGGUUCUGUGGUGUUCAGCAGCUAUCUCGAUCCGUAGAGAGGGAAAGAGAAGGAAACCUGAGUCUUGCAGGAUUGCAGGCUUUUGCAUAAGAGAAUAGUCCUCUGCAUAGAACAAAAUGAGCAAAGAAGAAACAAGCCAUGAAGAAAAAGGAGAUCUGGACACCCUCAUGGGUCACCUGGGUGACUUUGGGAAAUACCAGUUCCUGCAGUUUGUCCUUCAUUUGCUCGCUGCGGUGACGGCGGGCAUUCACAUGCUGUCUCUUGUGACCGUUGCGGCCGUACCCGAACACAGAUGCCUGAUCCCUGGAGUGGAGGUGAACCGAUCGGAGAGCAAUUACCACAACAUCGAGCACCGUCACCUCAUCCCGCAGUUGGACAGCGGCGCCUUCGACAGCUGCAGAACUUUAGAUGUAUACAACAAUACCGUCGAUUGCGAAGAAUGGGUCUACGAUAAUACUUAUUAUAAGUCUUCGAGGGCGAUCGAAUGGAAUUUCGUCUGCAGCAGACGUUGGAUGGGAGCCGUCGCGCAAACCGUCUUCAUGUUCGGUGUCUUCACCGGCGCUGUCACUCUUGGAAACGCUGCGGAUAAAUACGGAAGAAAAACGAUCUUUACAUGGUCCGCUCUUUUCCAGCUCAUUUUAGGAGUCGCAGUCGCUUUUACCCCUGAAUACAUCAGUUUCUUGGUCAUUCGAUUCUUGCUGGGUAUCUUUGGAUCCGCUGGAAGUUACAUCACCGCUUUCGUGCUGACGAUGGAACUCGUUGGGCCUAGCAAAAGAACAGUCUGCGGCGUGGCUUUCCAAGCUGCGUUUGCUGGAGGAAUCAUGUUGGUAGCAGGUUGGGGCGCUCUCAUCCCGAACAGGCAAAUCCUGCAGGUCGUUUACGGUCUGCACGGUCUUCUUCUGGUUGCGCAUUGGUGGAUCAUGGACGAAUCUCCAAGAUGGUUGUGGGCUCAAGGACGAGUACUCGAAUCCGUUAAGAUCAUCAAGAAGGCUUUGAAGAUGAACAACAGUCCCAUCCACAUCGACGAAUCCGAUUACGUUUCUCAAGCGAAAAUCGAGAAUAGGAGCAGCGAAGACGAUAACGCUACUAUUUUGGAUAUGUUCAAAACACCAAACUUGAGGAAGAAAAGUUUGAACAUUUGCUUAUGCUGGUUCGCAAACUCCAUCGCUUAUUACGGAUUAUCCUUGAGUACUGGUAAACUGAAUGGAAACCCUUACUUGAUCCUCUUCCUCAUGGGUUUGGUGGAAUUGCCCAGCUACGUGAUCACUGUUUGCCUGAUGGAUCGCACAGGUCGCAGACCUCUGAUCUCUUUCUACAUGUUGACUGGAGGUCUUUGCUGCAUCAUCGCAACCCAAUUGACCCAAGGAAGCACAGAAGCCACUUCUGUAGUGAUGGCAGGAAAAUUCUUGAUCGCCAGCAGCUUUGCCAUCGUCUACAACUACUCAGCCGAACUCUUCCCAACGGUCAUCAGAAACUCAGCUUUAGGAGUUGGUUCAAUGUGCGCCAGGCUCUCCGGCGCUUUAACACCUCUCAUCACACUCUUGGACUCCUUCGAUCCAACCUUACCAGCAAUCAUCUUCGCCGUGAUCGCUCUAGUUUCCGGUUUCCUCACUCUCUUCCUUCCGGAAACACUCGGAAGUCCGAUGCCUCAGUCCAUCGAAGACGGCGAGAAAUUUGGAGUCGGAGACACCUGCUUCACAGCCUCCUGCUUCGGUAAGAAGAGUCGCUCCAACUCGAAAGCUGAGAACAUUGAUCAGAUGCAGCCGUUGGAUAGCAAGCCUCAAUAAUAAAUACGAAAUUUGUAACAAAAAAUAUAUAUGUAUAAAAGAUGCGUCCUUAUUUUCGUGUAAAUAAUUGAAAUUAAGUUUAGUAAGACUAUGUCUAUGAUUUCGCCGUGGUACUGUUUUAUAGUUCCAUUUGUAAAGCCGAACGAAAUAUUCGUUUAAGACACGUCGAAGAGAUUGAUUCAAGUAUGGAAUUAACAUUUACGGAAAGAAAUUAUAUUAAUUUAGUGCUUAUUCGAAGAACAACAAAUAAAUGUUUAUUAAUAUA